AGCGGCGGCGGCGCUCCGCUCUGCCCCCCCCGUGGGCUCCGAUUUCUCGGCGUCCGCCCCCGCCGCGCUCAGCUGUCGGUGCCGCUCCGGCCGUCACUCCGCUCAGCGCAGCCCCACGUCGGGGGGCGGGGGGGGCUCAGCCGGACCCCCACUUCGCCCUCUCCACCCCUGGGGGGGGUUCCGCCGUGGGACGGCAGCUCUGCACGCGGCGAUGACAGAGAAGGAGGCUGCGGAGCCGCCCGCCGCGGGGGGGGCCGCCAAGAGCCGGCUGCAGAGGCUGAAGGAACUCUUCCACCGCAAACCCAAAGCGGAGCCCCCCCCGGAGGUGCGGCCCAACGGGGAGCUGCUGAGCCCCGCGGGGGGGCCCAUUUAUUACAUCUACGAAGAGGAGGAGGAGGAGGAAGAGGAGGAGGAGGAGGCCGAGCCCCCCCCGGAGCCCCCCCAACCCGUCAACGACAAACCCCACAAAUUCAAGGAUCAUUACUUCAAAAAGCCCAAAUUCUGCGACGUCUGCGCCCGAAUGAUCGUCUUGAACAACAAAUUCGGGCUGAGGUGCAAAAACUGCAAAACGCACAUCCACCACCACUGCCGGCGCUACGUGCAGCUGCAGCGCUGCUUCGGCAAAAUCCCCCCAGGGUUCCGCCGUGCAUACAGCUCCCCCCUAUACAGCGACCAGCAGCAGGCGGGCGGCAAAGACAUGGCCAACAGGAGUGACCCCGUCUUCGAGACGCUGCGGACGGGCGUCAUUAUGGCCAAUAAGGAGCGCAAGAAAGGGAGCGAUGACAAAAAGAAUCCUUUGGCCGCGAUGAUGGAUGAGGAACACGAGGCCACGAAGGCGGAGGGGGGCAAAGCAGAGGGGGGCACUUCCGAAGGGGACAAAAAGACGGAGAAAAGUGCACCCGAUGAGAAGAACAAGAAGCCGCAGCCGGGGC